AUGGUCUACAAGGGGUUUACGGCCAGCGAUAUCCAAAUGGCGAUUGGCAUCUCCUGCUCUGAGACAUUGGGCAACCGCGCAGGCCUUCAUCCCUUGGUGCUGAGGUUCACGCACAACGCAUCUCCGCAUCAGUACGUCAUCAAGACAAAGCCAUUGGAGUGUUUCAAGUGGACACACAUCUGCGUGUGCGUGGACCACUUCGUGCUGAGCCUCACUGUGAAUGGCGAGCUCACCUGGGCCGAGGAGAUCAUUGCAGAGAUCCCGCUUAUGUGCUCGUACGGCACCUCUGACCUUUGUGUCGGCUGUCCUGGAUGGGAGUUCGACCGAGCGAACAACCCGCAUGCCUGGGUCUACUGUGUGAACAUCUACGGGUUCAAGUCCCUUGAGCCCAAUGAAGCGCUCUUCAACAAGCGCCGCGAGGAGUUGAUGGCCUGGCGUUCCACCCACGAGGAGUUCGAUGAAACGGAACUGGGCCGCAGUGGCAUCGAUCAGCUGCCCAACCCCCUGAAGAUGCCGGUCACCACGCGUGCCACCUUCGACACACGCCAGGUGGUUGCAGCGCGCCAGGGGGUGGAGGUCCUUUGCGAGCUGCUCUCCGGGGGCUCCGAGGCGCAGCGGCGCGCGGCGGUCUUCGCGCUGCGGAACUUGGCGGACCCGGCGGUGACCUCCGGCCUGCGCGGCAGCCCAGCGGCGAACUGA